AGGUGUGUUGGCAAAGCUUUCUUGUGGUGGCUGCAGUUUCCAGGACAAGACCCGUGAAAUAAAAUGGUUGAGGAGGAAGCUAAGAGCUUACCUAUGGAGCUGAGUGAGAAAGGAGGUGUGGAGAAUAACGGAUUUGUUCAGAAUGAAGCAUUUGAUGACAAGGAGACCAAUACCAGUAGCCAAGAAGAAAUACCGAAGCCAUGCAUUGUUGGUGUGGACCCAGUGGCUAUAGAGGAGCCGGUACUAAAGCCUUAUGCAGGGAUGCCCAAGGAAGUCCUGCUGAAGUUCUCCAGCCAAGCCCGGUACAGAGUCACCAGGGAGAUUCUCUUCUGGCUCAUAAUUGCUGCUGCUGUCAUGCUUGUAUGUGCUACAAUUGCAAUUGUUGUCCUCUCCCCAAAGUGCCUAGACUGGUGGCAGGAUAGUCCUAUUUAUCAGAUCUAUCCUCGUUCCUUUAAGGACAGCAACAUGGAUGGCAAUGGGGAUCUGAAAGGUAUCCAGGAAAAACUAGACUAUAUUACGUAUUUGAACAUAAAAACCAUCUGGAUCACUUCUUUUUUUAAGUCUCCAUUGAAAGACUUUGGAUAUGGAGCUGAAGAUUUCUAUGAUAUUGAUCCCAUGUUUGGGUCAAUGAGAGAUUUUGAGGAUCUGCUUGCAGCCAUACAUGACAAAGGGCUAAAAGUGAUAAUGGAUUUAAUACCAAACCACACAAGCGACAAGCACCGAUGGUUUCAGCUGAGUCGCAAUCGGACUGGGAAAUUCACGGACUAUUACAUCUGGCAGGACUGCAUGCAGGAUACUGGUUUGGUUGCUCCUCCAAACAACUGGGUGAGCCUCUUUGGGAACUCCAGCUGGCAGUUUGAUGAUGUGAGGAAGCAAUGUUAUUUUCAUCAGUUUGGAAAAGAACAGCCAGACUUAAAUUUUCGCAGCUUUGCUGUUCAGCAAGAAAUCCAUGAUAUUAUCAAAUUUUGGCUUGGCAAAGGAAUUGAUGGAUUUAGCUUCGGCGCGGUGAAAUUUCUUUUAGAAGCAACUCAUCUCCGCGAUGAGCCUCAAGUGAACAAGUCCCUGAAUCCUGAGAGUAUCACAGACUAUUCUCAGCUCUACCAUGACUACACUACCAGGCAAGUUGGAAUGCAUGAUAUCAUCCGUAGCUUCCGUCAAACCAUGAAUCAGUUCAGCACUGAACCUGGCCGAUACAGAUUCAUGGUUUCCGAUGCUGAUGAAAAAGAAGAUAUUGAAGCAUCAAUGAUGUAUUAUGGAACACCUUUUAUCCAAGAAGCAGAUUUCCCCUUAAAUUUCAACUUAAUUAAUAUGAAAAAUCUAUCAGGCAACAGUAUUUUUCAAGCUGUGAACUUGUGGAUGAAAAACAUGCCUGCAGGAAAAUGGCCAAACUGGCUGGUUGGAAGCCCUAAUGCCACUCGGAUUUCAUCUCGGAUUGGGAAGAAGUAUGUCAAUGUUAUGAACACGCUGCUUUUAACCCUCCCUGGUACUCCUGUAACUUACUAUGGUGAAGAAAUAGGCAUGGAGAACAUUGCAUCAGAAAAUGCAACCUUUCCAGAGAAAUCCCCCAUGCAGUGGGAUGGCAAAGCUAAUGCUGGUUUUACUGAUGGCAACAGUAGCUGGUUACCUGUUAACUCUGACUACCAAAGUGUAAAUGUUGAAAUCCAGAUGACCUGGUCCAACUCAACCCUGAAUUUGUACAGACAGCUCACCCUGCUUCGCAGCGAGGAGCUUCCUAUACAUCGCGGGUGGAUGUGCUACAUCUGGAAUGACAGCAACAUUUUUGUGUACGUGAGGGAACUAGAUGGGCUAGAGAAAGUCUUUAUGAUGGUUCUCAAUUUUGGACAGGAAUCAACAAUAGAUCUGAAAGCUUUAGUUCCUAACCUUCCAUCUGAAGCUACUGUAAGACUAAGUACUAAUUUCAGCAACACCGGGAAAGCUGUCAAUACCAAACUAAUUAAAACUGAAAGGGGAGAAGGCCUGGUCCUUGAAUAUAAAACAGCAAAGCCUGUUCAUACCAUGGAAGCUUUUCAAGGAAAUUGUUUUGUGGCAGAGAAAUCUUGUUAUUCCAGUGCCUUCAAUUUACUCUACAGGUGUUAAGUGCAGGAUUAGAAUAGCCAAACUUUCAGAUUAAUUGAGAAAACGUUUGUUUCAGGAACACACAAAGAAUUUUCAGGUUUCUUUUGGCUUUUAAUA